AUGGCUUUGUGCCCUGGAGACACGACAGAAUGGGACGAUAUCCAAAGAAAGUUUGGGAAUCUGCCGCCGCUGGAGAAAGAGGUGCCGCAGCGAGACCUAGACCAAGCUACCGUUGAAGCAGUUGAGAAGUACGACCCGCUGGCGCGGAGAAGCUUAGAAGAGCUGCAUGCCUCAGAGCUCGAGGACGAGCUUGACGACGACCUUUUGGCAAGAUAUCGCCGGCGGCGAUUAGCUUCGGUGUCACAAGGCCUAGAGCGGAUCUCACUGCCUUGCGGGAGUAUAUGUGGUGUGCCGAUUCGAUUGCAUGCUUUCCUGCCACUCACAGCAAGCUUGGCCGCCUUGGGAACUUGUCUUGCCGGUCAUCCUUGGCUCUCUGUGCUGCUUGCGUUUCUCGCUGCCGGUCCUUUGCUGCUGAUCACGGUUUUGGCGCAUGAGCUGGGCCACGUGAUUGCCGCCAGGAGAUGUGGCUGCUCCGCGGAUCACAUCCUGCUUUGGCCUUUGGGUGGCCUGGCCUUCAUAGGAGGUUCAGCGCAGCCGAAGGAGCAGAUGCUGAUAUCGGCAUCGGGCCCAGCGACGCACCUGCCAAUGAUGGGACUUUGGGCAUUGAUCCUCCUUUUGCUCCACGGCAGCGUCACGCUGUCGACCAAGGGGCUGUGGAUAGAGGACAACUUCGGCAGUCUGCUGUGCAUCGCCAUGCUGAAUACCAACUUGGUGAUGAUGUUGUUCAACCUGCUGGUCCCGUGCUUCCCUUUGGAUUGCUCCCGGAUCUUGGCAAGCCUGCUUCUUCUCAGGGGCUGUGACCCGCCAACAGCCGCAAAGGCGAUCGUCGCUUGCUCGAUGCUCGCCCUCGUCGGGGUGGUGGUUCUGAGCGUGUGGUCCUAUUUGACCAACCAUGCAUCAGCGUCACUGAAUGUCAUUCUUGCAAUGUGGCUGGGGCUGCAAACAUGGAGGCUGCACCAAGCACGUUUGCAGGGCCAGCUGAGUUCUGACCCUCUCUUCGCAGCUGUGGCUGAAGCGGCGCCGCCGCAGGCUGCGGGCCGCUUUCAGGCGUUUGAUGAAGGCAGGCUCCCAGCGCUCAGCGUGAGACGAGCUGAGCUGAAAGCUCGGGCCGCGGCCCAAUUCGGCGAGCUGCGCCAGCUUUGCCGAGCCAGCUAUGUCCGGGAAGUCACCGAUGCCAGCGCAGGAGGGCAAUGGGUGCUGGUGUUGCUCUACACAGAUGCCAUCCAAUGCCAUCCGAUGAUGAGGCCCUGGGCCGAGGCUGCCCGGCGCUUCCCCAACAUAAAGUUCAUGAAGGGGGUUGCGUCUGAGAUUAUAGAAGACUUUCCAGACCACUUGACUCCAACAGUCAUCAUGUACAAAGACAAAGAAUGCGUGAAGCAGGUUCAGGGCCUCGCAGAAUGGGGCGGUUGUGACAUGAGUGUGGAUUCCAUCGAGCGGGUCCUGGCAGAGCUUGGCGUCGUGCUGGCCUCACAGUCUGAAGUGUUUUGCCGACGGCUGAUAGGUGCUUGGGCUGAGGUGGUGGAGACCGUGCUCGAAGACAUGCAGGAGGUGUGUGUGAGCCGGAGGGACAGCGAGACGUAG